CCUGGAAGCAGGCCGUGCAGGCGUCCGAGCUGGCUUUCUGGCCGGUCAGCCUCCUGGGCGACACGCUGGUCUGUCUGCAGGAGCGGCUGGAGGAGCCGCUGCUCGACGAGCAUUUGGAGUACUAAGUACCUGGAAGAAUGGCUGACGCAAGCCAAAAGCAGACUCGAUGGCGGCAUGCGCUGCGGUCGUGGAUGACGACAACCACGGAAGUAUGCUGCCCGUUCUCCCGGAGAAAAUCCUCCGGGAAGUCCUGGACAUGCUGGACAGCGUGCAGCGCGCGAACUGCCGGCGGGUGAGCUCGGUGUGGGACGCCGUCGUUGGCGUGGAAUGGCGGGUCGUCUGGGUGUCCUUCGCCCACCAGCGCCUCGUCGACGCCGUCGGCAACACCACGACACCCGACGAAGCGGAAUGGCAGCGGUCGGCCUACCUCGUGGGCAUGUGCUUAUGGAAAUGCCUGUCCGCGGCCACCCAGACGAUCAUCAUCAGCAACGCCGUGCAGCAGCGGGCGGCGAACAACGGCAUGGUCGAUUGCUUCCAUCUGAUCGAUGCUGUCCGGCAGGAGCAGCCGUUAGACUGGGGUAAGGAUGUGACGGUGAUUAUGCAGCGAUUUCACUGGGAUUUGGAGGGUCUGCUGGACGACGAGGUGCACAGGGCAACGGCGGCGGUGGAGCGGGUGGUCUGGAAGGACGGGACGUUCAGCGGGCCGGUGGAGCACUUCCGCCGGCAGCCAGUCAAGUGCGGGGUCAGUGUUCGGAGCGAAGAGAUGCUGGAGGAGAACGGCGAUUCCGUUCCCAUCCACUUGGCGCUCAGCGAGGUGCUGGAGGAUUGCCUGGCGGAGCCGGAGGACGAUGGGCGGGCGCUGCUGGUGCAGUGGCUGAGGGAGGCGGUCAUGCAGCCGCCGGGCUCCCGCGACCGUCAGCGUAUCGACAAGAUUUUGCAGUCCUGCCAGGAGGAAGACCCGCGUGUGCUGGCCGAGUAUGGCGUAACGGCGUGGACUGUGGACACCAUGCGGGAUCGUAAGGCGCGGAGAUUGACGAAACUGACCUGCUGCGCUCUACAGCGCGAAAUGGCGAUUCCGCCGGCUGAUUGCCCUUCCAGUCCUCCCCAACCUGUCAGCAUCUACAACCGUCCCGACGCCAUCUUCACGUGGAACGCCGUGGACGUGCAAGGAAGCGACGGAUCUGGCGAGUACGGCCGCGUCAUUAACGCCCUGAACGGCGGCUUGGUCGUCGAUUUCGACUGUCCCGGGCGCCGCGCCGAGCUGGUCGACCCUUCGACGUUCCACGUGUGGCGCAGUCGUCGGCCUCCCGGGCACACCUUCUCCGGCAGCCUGCAGUCGGCCGACGCGUUCGAGGGCGCGGUCUUCCUGCAGAGGUAUCCCGAGGAAGUGGAGGUGUUGGCGCGGGAGACUGCCGACCGCCCCUGGACGUGGCACGCGGCCACGCCCUUGUAUCUGCAGAUGUUCUGGAAGCGCUACAUCUUCCUUGAAAUGCAACUGUCGGAAACCGAGGGCGGGGUCAAGGUGAAACGGCUGCUACGGGCGCAUCCCGUGCGGCUACUCGGGCCGGGACUUCCGGAAGCCGCAGAAGUGGUCGGGAAGGGGGAUUUUGUCACGCGUUCCCGCGCCCUCCCUGCGAACUACUGGGGCGGCGGUCCAGUGAGCGCGGCGCUGUGGGAGGCUUGGAAGGAAGCCGUGCAGGCGUCCGAGCUGGCGUUCUGGCCGGUUAGCCUCGUGGGCGACACGCUGGUCUACCUGCAGGAACUCCUGGAGACGCCGUUACUGGACGGGCACUUGGAAGAGCUGUUGGUGCAGGCCACAAAGAAGCUGCAGCCGCCGCCGCCGACGCUGCCCGCGGUCAUGGAGACGGCCAGUGAGGAAACCCGGAUGUCGGUCCUCCCGGUGGAAGUCCUCCGGGAUGUCCUGGACAUGCUGGACACGGUGCAGCGCGUCAAAUGUCGCCGGGUGUGGGCGUUGUGGGACGCCGUCGUCGGGACGGAAUGGCGGGUGAUCUGGGUGUCGUUCGCGCAUCAACGCCUCGUCGACGCCGCCGGGAAGGCCACCACGGCCGAGGAAGCCGCGUGGCAGCGGUCGGCCUACCUCGUGGGGAUGUGUCUGUGGAAGUGCCUGACCGAGGACACCGAGACCAUCAUCGUCACCAACGCCGUGCAGCAGCGCCAUAACACCGGUCUGGAGGACUGCUUCAGUUUGGUCAGCAAUCUCCUGCACGAUCUACAGGUGGACGACGAUCCGGAUCCGACCAUGAUUAUCCACAACUUCCACUGGGAGUUGUACGACGUCAUGAUGGAGGAUGUGCACGGGGCGGCGGCGGCACUGGAGCACUUCCACGGGGACAUGGACGACGUCCUGGACGAGGAUCAGCUGCAUGCUGCCGCGGCGGCGGUGGAGCGCGUGGUGUGGGUGGACGGGACGUUCGGCGGACCGGUGGAGCACUUCCGCCGGGAACCGGUCCGGUACGCGGUCAGUUAUCGGUGCGCGGAGGCGGUGGAUGUGUACGGGAGUGGCGAACCCGACUACUGGCACUUGCACCUGAGGGCGGUGCUGGAGACCGACCUGCCGUCGGCGGAGACACCGGACGGGGAGCGGAUGCUGGCCGACUGGCUGUCGCAGGCCGCCGCUUCCCCGGAUUGUCGGCGGGUGGAUAGGAUUGUGCGGCUGUGCCAGGAGGAGGAUCCCCGGGUGCUGGUCCAGUACGGCAACGUGCCCUGGCAGGUGGAGGACGUGCAGGGGACGGCUGGAGUGCGCAAGCUGACACGGUUGGCCCGCUGCGCUCUGCAGCGCGAGAUGACGGCCACACCGCCCAGGCAUGCCGCUCAAGCUCCGCUUCCGGCCAGCCCCACUUAGGACCUACACAGCUCCCGAUUCGCCGGAAAUCCAUUCGAGUCCUCAUUGUUCGUCCUGGCCGUUGGUCGAUGCAGUCCCACCGCGGCGUCCAUUUCUGCAUCUUGUUCAAGAACAAUUCUACUUUGGUUUGUGUCUAACCGUUAACAGGUCUCGGCGUUGGAUAGUCACACGCUGAUGUUGUUGGACGAUCAUUUCGUUUAUUUCAUAAUUACUCACGUACAGGGCAAUUAUGAAAUAAAGGGCCAAUGCACAAUAUGAAAAAGGGCAAUACAGCGGCGGCUCGUAUUCUGUUGUUAUUUCUGAACUCUGCAUUUCCGAUAUAAAUAAUGUGUGUUGUGAUUACGAAACUACAGCUGUGUGGAGAAAUCCGUUAAUGAAAAGUUUGUUGUUAUUUUUGCUGUGCAAAGGCAUUGCCCAGCUGAGGGCCAGACAGCCAUCUGCAGCAGCUGUUCCCGCGGCACCAACUCCGGCUUGCGCUUC